CCUUCUGGUUCCCUCUGCAACCUUCCAUCACACUUCUCCCUUUCCACUAUAAAUUGCCCAUUCGCUUCCCAUCAACAAUCGCUCGAUCAAACCGCAAGGCGAAGAAUUCGCUCGCGUCGCUUACUGGGUAUCCAUUGCAUAAGCAAAAGGAAUUCCGCACCAACAGGAAGGGGAAAGGGAAAAGGCGGGGAAAAAUGGAUCUGCUGAUGGUGGAGCAGCCGCUGAUGUCGACACUCAACCAGCUGCUGAGCGUCCCGGACGAGAUGGAGAAGCUGCUGAACGUGCCCACCCGCAGCUACGUGCGCGACACCAAGGCCAUGGCCUCCACGCCUGCCGACAUCAAGGAGUACCCUUCCUCCUACGUCUUCGUCCUCGACAUGCCGGGGCUCAAGUCCGGAGAAAUCAAUGUCCAGAUCGAGGAGGGGAAUGUCCUCAGCAUCAGCGGCGAGAGGAAGGGGGAGGAGCAACAGCAACAACACAAGGAGAAGGAGGAGGCGGAGGUGAAGUACUUGAGGAUGGAGCGCAGGGUGGGGAAGUUCAUGAGGAAAUUCAACCUGCCCAAGAACGCCAACGCCGAUGCCAUCUCGGCCGAGUACCGAGACGGCGUGCUCACCGUAACGGUGCAGAAGUUGCCGCCUCCUGAGCCCAAGAAACCCAAGGCCAUCGAGGUCAAGGUGGCUUGAGAAAUAGAGCUCCUCUAUCUAUGGUCUCUGUUUGUGCUCUGUUUUCGCCCUAGCAUACUAGUUCUGUUGCUUGUUCCUGUCAUGCCUCAUUCGUCUCUUUUUUCAUCUUUGUUGUUUCCGUCAGAUGUGAGAUGAUUUGUCAUGAGUGUCCAUCCGUAAUAAAAGCUUCUGAAUGUUAAAUUAGUUUCAUACUCUAAA